AUGCUGUAUGAACUGAUUGGUAUUGUGCGUGUGCUGAACACGACUGUGGCCCCUAUAGAAGCAAAGGAGCUUCUGACAUCAGUGGGUAAGUUGAUUUUGAACAACAGAGGCGUCAUACGCAGUAUCAUACCUGUUGGAACGGAGCAGCUAUCUGAGAUUAUGAGGAAAGAUCAAGAGCAGCAUUUUCGAGGGUAUCGUUUUGUUAUGCUCUUUGAUUCGUCUGCUGCUGUUCAGUCCGAAAUUUUGAGGACAUUGAAAAAGGAUCCUCGGGUUAUUAGGUCAUCCAUCAUUAAAUUGAACACGACUAAGGAACUCGACAUCGCAUCUUCCAUGGACAGGGCAAAUGGCAUAAACACAAUCUUACAAAAGAUAAACUCAAACAGUUUAUAA